AUGGAGUGUAUGGAAGAGGAGAUUGCAGCAUUGCAGCAGCAGCAUAUGGAGACAGCACAUGAUCUGCUAGAUACCUGCUGUGAGCUUGCCAAUACCCAGUGGGCCCUUGCAGAUACCCAGACCAAGUUGCAGACACUUUGCGAUGUUGUUGAGGCCUUACACCAGCAUCUGUACCUGUUGCCACACUCCUCACCCAAUGCACCUGGACCCUCCCACCCCUCCCCCAUUGGCUUUGCAAUUACAAGUCAUCAAGCAGUCAUUCCCACUGAUGGUGCAAGGAUACUUGACCUUGCACCCACUACAAUGGUCCAGGAGGUUGCAAUUGAUACCAGCAUCCUCCAGAACCUCCUGGGAGAAGCCCAGCCCCCUAUCUAUGUCUCUUUGGGGGCAGUUGCUGACCAUGCCAGUGGGGAUGAUGCUGAUGAUGAGGAUGCCGCUAAUUGGAUGGAUGUAGAUUAA